UAAGUUUUGUUACAUAGUUUACAAAUGGCGGCGGUCGCAACGGGUAAAUCUUGGAGAGAAUUCUUCGAGAAAAACUUGCAUUUGCCGGCCGCGUUUGACAGGGAACAUGUCGCACAGGAUAUAUCUACACCAAUUUGUAUUGCAUUAACAAAUGUCGAAGGCAUAAAUCCAACGGUUGAAGGGGUCAGCAAUCUAGAAUUCCAGCUACGCGUGAGCCUGUUUGACCUCGCGUACCACCAGUUCUUUGGGCGGCAAUGGGCGGGGCAGUACGAGGGUCUGCAAGGAGUGGGUGGGGCCAGCAAACCAAAACUGAGGCUCUCACAGAACAUCUACUUCCACACAAACAUCAAGAGUUCCAAUAUCGCUGCGGUAGUGGAGCUGGUAGCCUCCGGCCUGGACGAGAACAGUCGACUGAAGAAGGUCUCGUGUGGCUGGGGCGUGAUCAGGCCCUUCAAGGAGGAAGAGCUCCCUGACACUGGCAGGGGAAUUAAGCAGCCCAUUCAAAAAUGUCAGCUGUACUAUGGCUCACCCAGGGCGUUGUUCUUCAUUGAUGAACCCUUUGAAGAUUGCCAGCAUUUGCGCCCGAUACCAGACUGUCAGCUGGGCUACACUAUUGCUACUCACAAAGCCUUGUACAAGGUUCAACAUCUCCUACCCCAGAACACGGUUGUAGGCCAUAAUGAUGUGAUUCCCGGUCUGUAUGACAGCGACUCAUCAGUGAAAGACAAACUCAAGAAGCCAAAAGCACUGAAAUCCUUAUCGUGUACAAUAGAGCAGGCCACACUCCAGCUAAAUCCAACAAUAGAGAAAUUUGAAGAAGAGUUGUGUAACACCUUGCAUGAAGAUCGACGCAAUAUGGCCAAUAAGGCUAAUGAUGGGUCCUCGGUAGUGAUUGUCGAGCGACGUUUAGUGGUUGGAGUUCACAAUGGCUGGACCUUUGUUGAGAAGCCUCAGACGUUCCUGCUGGACUCACGUGACAUUACCACCAAGUCCAUCAAGCCCUCGGCCAGCCCCAUGUUCCGGAGGAGUCAGCGGUUCAAAUCCUCAACCAAAGUGUUAGGGGAGGAGAAUCUAGUGAGUGAAAACUUCCUGAUAUUGAACCAGAAGAUCCAUGUACAGAACAUUCUAGAGGACCCCAUGUUUGCAGUGGUCUUCAUUCUCGAGUACAUUGUAGGGGAGCAACUUUCGGACGAGGACAGAAAGCUAUCCAAGAGCCUACAACGGGGCAACACCCGCUCCGUGACCCUGCGCUGGGCGGCCUGGAACCCGUUCCUGCAGCCCACUGUCCCACAUGUGACCGUUGGGCUCAUAGGCGGUCCCACCCCCAGCCCGGACGGGGAGUUCAUGUACAAGGUGCCCAACACUGCCAUGCAGGACCAGGUCUCCUCACGCACUGCCGGCGGGCUGUUAGCCUUCCAGUGGGGCUUUGGUUUACAGGAUUCAAUCUCGUCUGGUACCCAUCCAACCCACCCAAUGUCCCUGGUGCCUGGUUUCCCCCACCAGAUGGGUUCGGCCCACUCCAUGAGGUCAGGGGUCACUGUAGGCACAGAGGGCAGUGACAUCAUGAUGGAGUCCCCUUCACAGAAACCACCCACAGGCCGCCAGGGGCAAAUGUCUCAUAGGAGCCCUCCAGGCCAGAUGUCCCUCUCUGUGCCCCAGCAGAUGGGGGCGGGGGGAGUGUUGCAGCCAGUGCACAUGACCCCCAUGCAGUACCCAGUUAUCGGUUACCCCCAGGCCCCUCUACAGCAGUCAUAUAUCCCAUACCACCAGGGGCCUGUACCUCAGUAUGGAUUGCCGUACGGAGGGGAGAUUCACGAGAUGCAGCAACACGUUCCUGCCCACCAACCCAUCCUCACAUCGGCCCCAGUCCCACGCAAAGGUUCAGGCCUGUCCCGGGCAGCCUAUGCCAAGCUCUACUCAUGUGGUUUCCCCCCAGUACUGGAUCGUAAUGGAGAGCCACCUGAGGUGAUAGACCCCAACACCCAUGUGGUCACUGUAGACUUGCAACGAGAACUCAAUGACCCUCUUCAGUGCAACGAGAUCAUCUUCCAGUUUUUGGCGUACUCCAGGAUGAUGGAACCGUCUGGAGCAUCUUCAGAGCCUGGGAAGACUGCCGGAACCGUUUUCUUCUCAUUCCAAUUCUACAGGAACCAGCAGGUGACUACUGAAAGGCUGCUGCUGUCCAAGGCCCAGAAUGAUUGGUCCUCAGACGCCACAGUCAUGCCCUACAUUCUGUCGAGACUGGACAAGGAUGGGACCCUUUUGAAGGGGCCACCUGGCUUGGAAGUGCGAUACUUCAUGGACCCAGCCUUCAUGAAGCCUGGGGAGACCCCAAUGUUCCUACAACACGUGGCCCAGCAGACCAUGUUUAUAGACGUGUGGGACGGAGACUCACUGCUACCCCUGGGCAGUGCGGAAGUGGAUCUCAAGUACCUGUGUCGAUGUGGCAUGGAGGCAGUGCAGACCACGUUUGAGCUGGACGUGUAUUGCACUGAGUAUCAGGAGGACCCCGGGGUGGGGCCGGAGGGUGGGGCGGGCGGCGUGAAGCCCACUAACAUGUUCUACACCCCCAGGGGCAGACUGCACCUUAGGAUGGCCAACAUCGGGCAUCCUGUGGAUCCAAAGGCCACCACUGCAGAUCUACGGGGCCAGACUAUGCCAACAUUCACAAUGGAUCCUUCAACGGUGUAUAUUAGUCUACCGCCAAAAAGCAUGCAGGUUGUCUCUGCAACCGCUAGUAACUCGGCCUUUGGAGGGGGCAGUUUGGUUGCUGGUCAAUCCAACACAGAACAUGGCCUUGCAACCAAGAAGCGUGUCGCACGUGCUCACCACAUGGCGGAAAGCAAUAGAGAAGUGGCAGCCAUGCUUUUUUCUAAGCAGCCGGAAAUCGAGCCAAUAACAGAGUCAAACAGAGAGGUGGACUCAGAAAGGCAACGAAAGCUGGCUAGAAUGGCUGCACUCAGAAACCAAGAGGGAGGGAUAGAUAAACCUCAAACUCUCAUGGCUCACAAGCAAUUGAAGACAGAGCGAGCCCGAGACCUGAAGACUCUUGAGAUCUACCGACUUCAGACCAAGAAGGACGGGAUCCAGGCCAUGCUCAGCCAGUCUAUCUCCACCGAGCACACGAUACAUCCGUCGUUCGGCGCGUCCGAGUUCUUUGAGUUUGUCCUACGUAAUCCGUUCAACGUGGAACAUCAUGUGAAGAUAGAGUGGGAGGACAAAGCACUUCAGUGUGUAACGGAUGCGAGGGAAUGGCGCUACUUUAAACAGGUCUACCAGAUUCAAUCUCAGAUCGAGGAGGGGAUGUUUAACAAGGAGGCCAAGUCUGCUAGCCCCGAGGUGUUCCUCAGACCCAAAGAGACCGUCAACAUCCCCUUCAAGUACCUCAUGUUCAAGGCUGACCAGUCAGUUAACCCUCAGGGGCCCGUGGACCCUUUCCGACAUGAGCCUAAGACGAAGGCCCGAAUGAACGAUGCUUUCAAACCUAGAACUCUAAAGGUGUUCUUCAAGAGCGAGGAUGAGAAGCCACUAGCCAUUCUCCUCCUGAAGGUGGAGCCACAGCCCCACGUGAUCAACAAGACCUUCCGCUUCCACAGCCCCGAGCAGACCUUCCUCAAGAAGUCCAUUAGGUUACCUCCCCUGGAUACUCUUCCAGGUGCCCCAGUGGGCUCGGGUAACUCAGUGAAAGCGUUGGUCCGCUGCAGUGACCCCAACAUUAUCUGUGACACCAAGACUACUCAACCAGGGGAGCCCCAGGAUAUCUUCAUCAAGGUCCCUGUAGGAGCCUCACCGCAGAUCAAGCGGUUCUUCAUGUCAGUCUAUCUGGACCCGUUCAUGGCGCGGCCCGUCCAGAUCUGGCAGUUCUACAUACACGCUUUGCAGCGAGUUGACGUGUCUGCAGUGGAGGGACAGACCAGCAGAUUCUCUCUCAUUCUCAAGGGUACGCAGGCCUCGCGUCUGGUGCAGUGCUACUCAUCCCACCCUCAGGAGAUGUCCCUCUACCCCUCGGAGCAGGUCAUGUUAGCCGCAGGGGCCACCCACGAGCUCAAUGUCGCAAUACGCCCCAUGCUAGAAGGCUUCAAAUAUUUCUACAUCAACGUCGUCGACAUCGAAUUUCAUCAACUCGUGCGCACGUGGCUCAUCUGUGUGAACUCCCGAGCGCCGAUGAUUUCUCGAGCCUUUGAACUGGUUUUACCCGUGGGCGGAGGUAAAGGCUGCAGUAAGAAGAUCACUUACACCAAUCCCUACCCGCACAGGAAGACCUUUGUGCUGCGGUGUAACCGAGACGACCUGCUCCAGUUCAAGGACACGACGUUGGACAUCGAAGGUCUGGGUACGGCCACAAUUGGUCUCCGAUUCUCACCGGUUAUGAGGUCGGGACCGGCAGAAAUUCUGGUCUUCAUAAAUGAUGAGGAUGACAAAAACGAGGAGACAUUCAAAGUGUCAGCACUGUAUCAAAGGGUUUAGGAUAUUCUCUCUUUACUGGAGGAGAUUGCCUGUAACCUCUUUGAAAUGGUCUUUACUCGAAGGUUAAGGAAGAUGAAUAAAGAUGAUUAAGAGGUUUAUCUAAUAUCGGAGGGUUAAUUUUUAGAAAAUUAUCUUGUAUCAGAGCCUUGAGGAAUUUAUCUUUUAUCAGUGGGUUUCAAAAUUGUAUCAGUGUUGAGAAAUUAUAUCAGAGGAUUAAGAAAUUAUAUCAGAGGGUUGAGGAAUUAUAUCAGAGGGUUAAGAAAUUAUAUCAGAGGGUUGAGGAAUUAUAUCAGAGGGUUGAGGAAUUAUAUCAGAGGGUUGAGGAAUUAUAUCAGAGGGUUGAGGAAUUAUUAUAUCAGAGGGUUGAGGAAUUAUAUCAGAGGGUAAAGAAAUUAUAUCAGAGGGUUUCAAAAUUAUAUCAGGGUCUCAAAAUUAUAUCAGAGAGUUGGGAAAUUAUUAUGGCAGCAAAACUUGUAUAGAAUUCAAAGUGUGCUGCAUACUUAUUGCCCUAUUUACAUUGUGUAUAAAUUUUAAGUUAAUUAUCUAUCUGUAAAUAAAAGUGCUAUAUGCUAAGCUAUAUUUUAAUUUAUUAAUUAUACACUUCUAGAUUUUAUUUUGCUUGUAAGCACUUGCAUUUGAAGUCAAAGCGUCCGUCAAAAUGGCUUGAUAUCUCAUUUUUUGCACUCAAAAAGAAAAUGUUAGGGUUCAAAUAUGAAAGAAUAAGCGUUUUAUCAUGUCUUCAUGAAUAUUUCAAUGUGUGGCUAUUUUGUUGACUAUUUGGAAGUUUGUCCAAAUGAUGUGUAAAUACAUAUCGUCAAUUAUUUUAUGAGAAUGAUACAAGUGAUGUUGAAAUGCUCUUUCAUGUGUUGUUUUGUAUUGUAUGGGACUAUUUGCCUUUAUUUAUGUGUCUCUGAACUUUGGCAUUCUUGCCAGGCUGUGAUAUAUUUGUAUGUCUCUCCAAAUGCAUGUAUUUAUUUUCAUUAUGUACAGACCGAGUAAAAACGUUUUGCAAAGUACACUUACUAGGAUAUGAGUAUAAAUUAUUUCAAAUGAACAGUAGAUUUUUAUGCCCCUGGAUCGAAUGAUCUGGGGUAUAUUGUUUUUGGCCUGUCUGUCAUUCUGUCCCAAAACUUUAACCUUACAGUAAAGUUUUGCAAUAACUUUUGAAAUAUUGAACAUAGCAACUUGAUAUUUGGCAUGCAUGUGUAUCUCGUGGAGCUGCACAUUUUGAGUGGUGAAAGGUCAAGGUCAUCCUUCAAGGUCAAAGGUAAAAAAAAGCGGCGCCAUAGGGGGCAUUGUGUUUCUGACAAACACAUCUCUUGUUUUGGUAUAUGAUAGUGGGUUUUAUGCAUUAUGUCUAUUGUUGGUAAUGUUUAAACAUAAAAAAUUAUUUCACAAAACCAUAACAUAUUAGACAAGGUCUCGGUACAUGUAGGUAUCUGAUAUUUAAAGUGGAUAGCAUACUCCAAAUAAGAAAAAAAUGUAUUUUUAUAGUUUCACUGAAAAUAUUUUCCUAUGACAACUUUAGAAACAUGAAUAUUUUAUCCAUGUAUCAUUGCAGCACAAUUAUUCAAACAAAAUUUUUUGGAAAUGUUUUAAAUGUACAUGAAUAAAACUGAAGGAUUCAUUCAAUGUGCGACACUUUCAUCAGUUUUGAUGAUUUUGUCAAUGAUUUGACAUAAAUAUUUACAUUUAUAAUUCGAAUGAAUUUUUUUUAAUGAUGUACAUGCAAUUCUACCGUUCUUGUUUACAUGUGUAGUCCAAUGUGAUAUUAGAGCAGAUGUAGCAAUUUAUGUAUAUGUAGAAUUUAUUGAGUAGAUGCCAAUGUCAAUAAAACACCAAUUGAAAAAAAAAUGAAAAAUUCUUUUUACAA